AGAGCAAGUGCGUGAGGGUGGCAUUUGUAAAGGCAACGUGUAGCAAGAUGGGCUGUGCCAUGUCAGCGGAAGAGCGAGCCGCUCUGGCUCGCAGCAAGCAGAUCGAGAAGAAUCUCAAGGAGGACGGUAUCCAGGCGGCCAAGGACAUCAAGCUCCUGCUGCUCGGAGCGGGCGAGUCCGGCAAGAGUACGAUCGUGAAACAAAUGAAAAUUAUCCACGAGAGCGGCUUCACGCCGGAAGACUUCAAGCAGUACAGGCCCGUCGUAUACAGUAACACGAUACAAUCUCUAGUCGCUAUUCUCAGAGCAAUGCCUAAUCUCGGCAUCAGCUUUUCAACCAACGAGCGAGAGACGGACGCAAAAAUGGUGUUCGACGUAAUACAAAGAAUGGAAGACACGGAACCCUUUAGCGAAGAACUGCUGGCGGCUAUGAAGAGGCUGUGGUCCGAUAAUGGAGUGCAGGAGUGCUUUGGCAGGAGCAACGAGUAUCAGUUGAACGACUCCGCGAAAUACUUCCUGGACGACUUGGAUCGAUUAGGAGCGAGGGAAUACCAGCCAACGGAACAGGAUAUUCUCAGGACCCGAGUGAAAACGACGGGAAUCGUGGAAGUCCAUUUUUCAUUCAAAAACCUCAACUUCAAAUUAUUCGACGUGGGUGGUCAGAGGAGCGAGCGUAAGAAAUGGAUACAUUGCUUCGAGGAUGUGACUGCAAUUAUCUUCUGCGUGGCAAUGUCCGAGUACGAUCAGGUUUUGCACGAGGACGAGACGACGAACCGAAUGCAGGAGAGUUUAAAGCUGUUCGACUCGAUCUGCAACAACAAGUGGUUUACCGACACCUCGAUUAUCCUCUUCCUGAACAAGAAGGAUCUCUUCGAGGAGAAGAUCCGCAAGUCUCCUCUUACAAUCUGUUUUCCCGAAUACGCUGGUGCGCAGGAGUACAGCGAAGCGGCUGCGUACAUCCAGGCACAGUUCGAAGCGAAGAACAAGUCGACCACGAAGGAGAUUUACUGCCACAUGACCUGUGCCACCGACACGAACAACAUUCAAUUUGUGUUCGACGCAGUCACAGACGUCAUUAUCGCCAAUAAUCUGCGCGGCUGCGGUCUCUACUAGGCUAAUUCUGUAUUCUACGUUAAGCGCAAACGGAGGAGGAAAAACGUACCCAUGACAUGGCUGGCCGGACGAUAUUCUUCAAUGAGUUCGUGGCUCGUCUCGGUUCCACUCCGACGCGAGAAAGAGAGAAAGAGCGAGAGAGAGAAAGAGAGAGAGAGAGAGAGAGAAAGACGACCCCUUUCGUUAUCAGCGCUACACAGAAGCGUAGCGGAACAUUUAGUUUGUCUUGUCUUAUAACUGACGAAUCUCCGAGAAACCGACGUCUUCAAUCGUUCGUGACGUCGGUCGGAGAAACGGCACGCUCCUCGGCGAAGGCAGCGAGGAAGGAAGGAUCGAUUGCGCGAGGGAACGCGUGCUCCGCGACGAGACGGCGGGCCACCAAUCGUUGGCUCCGACCCUCGGACCGGGGCAGAAAAGUCGUUUUCGCAGGAAAACGAGAACCGACGCGAUCGAAGGCGGUUUCACGGGCGACGUCACGAUCCUACGCGCCGGAGAAACGAGAGGGAUUCUUAAUUGUUCUUGUGCUUGUAUCUCUGAUCGUCGACGUGUUGGUGAUGGAAACGCGAAUCCUGUACAAAAUUGAGAGGGUCGCGGACUCUCCUCGACCGAAGCUUGGGCUCUGUCGACGUUGGAGGACCGUCGUCGAGGGCUCUUUUCGUGAUCUCCGGCUUCGUUCUCGUUUCGCUAUAGAAACCGCUCGAGUAUAUUCCAUGACCGCUCCACGUGGAGCAGGAGGAGAGCAAGUGUCACGCGUGCGCGCCACGCACGCGAGUCGAGACCUUUUCCCACGAUUUUCGCACACAGAUUUUACUAAGCGCACUCGGAGUUUCGGUUUAUAUAUACACAUAUACACGUUCAUAUAUUCUCUUACGUCUCUCCUUUUAUCGAGGAACGAAUUCGCACGCGAUCGAACGUAUCUCUCG